AUGGUGAAGGAUCCUUGUAGAGUCCCUCGGUCAGUGCUUAAAGUAGCGAGGAAACUCGACCGAGUUUCUCAGAACCCUUGGGGAAAUUCUGCAACUGAGUACGGCGCAAGUAAGAGAGUAGCUACAAGCCCGCCGCAGUUGCCUGAUGAAAGCCUCAAAAAACCGAGGCAAGAGGCGACGACGACCGAAGACGCUAUGUGGUCGGAGGUCGCCAAUAAGAGAAGAAGCAAAGAGAAACCAGCAAAGAAGGCAACGAAACACCCACAGGAGGAAAAAAAGGAGCCGAGCAAAUCGGAAUACAGGCCGAGAAAAAGAACGAGGCCGGACGCAAUCCUCCUGAAACCUGCGAAUGGUAAAUCAUACGCAGACGUAGUCGGAGCUAUUCACCAGCGCUUUAAGACGAUCGCUGCAGGGGUAGACGUUAGAUCGGUCCGGCAGACCAGAACCGGCGGGGUUCUCCUCGAACUCAAAAGGACCACCGCGGAUAUCAGGGCCUCAUUCGCUGAAACUCUGAGGAAAGUAGUAGGAGAAACGAGCAGCAUCACGGAACUGGUUCCUAGAGCUAUGCUCGUGAUACGAGACUGCGAUUGUUACACAUCUGUGGUGGAAGUCGAGGAGGCCCUAAAGAGGACCCUGCCAGACUACACGGGAAAAUUAGAUGUGAAAUUGACGAAUCCCAACGCGAGACAACAGCGCCUAGCCCUCGUCAGACUAGAAGAGGAAGCAGCUGGGAAGCUUUUAAAGGCCAGCCGAGUGCUGGUGGGUUUCGUCAGCUGCAGGGUUAGGCAAAGAACGGAACACAGGGCACCAAAUCAAAGAAUGCUAGGAGGCGCAUGCAACAGCCAACAAGAGGAAGACAAGAUGAAAGUACUUCAGGGUAAUCUUAAUAAGAGCAGGACGGCGCACCACCUCUUAACCCAGCUCUACUCUGAGAAACAAGCUGAUAUUGUUUUAAUCAGCGAACAGUACCAGGACAGAGCAGGAAUAGGAUGGUACGCAGACAAAUUGGGCACCGCGGCCAUCUGGAUCCCAGAUCCCCGACAAAUACAUGUGUCGGAUCAAGGAUCCGGACGCGGUUACGUUUGGGUGAGACAUAAAUCGGCGACUUAUGUGAGCUUAUACCUCACCCCGAGCGACUGGAUAGACGACUUCCAGACCAAAUUAGAUGAUCUGGAAGACGCACUGCGGGAAAGGCAAGGUGAUCUCAUCGUGGCAGGAGACUUCAACGCAAAAGCUCUCGAAUGGGUGGUGGCCAGGCCGGACUCCAGAGGAGAACGUAUCAUGGAGUUGGUGUCGAGACUACAGCUAUCAGUACUCAACACAGGCUCGACAUCAACCUUCCGUAGGCCUCGCUACAGAGAGACGAUCCCGGACGUCUCUCUAGCCAACGAACAACUUGUGGCAAAAGUCGCUGGCUGGCGGGUAAUUGAGGAUAAUACCGGGAGCGACCAUCAGUACAUCCUCUUCGAUGUACACGAUAGGAAACCAGCCGUGACAAACCCAGUAAGACCCCCCCGGUGGAUCAUUGCAAAAUUGGAUCGAGAGAGGCUGUCUACGGUCUUAAAUGAAGGAUGGAGAUCCCUUCAAAUUGUUUCCGCGAGUCUAUCACCACAUGCGCAAUCCAGGAGGAUUACUGCAGCAACUAUGCAGCUCAUCGAAAAGGCGCGUACGAUAGCGGUGCCAAAGACGAAAAAGAAACUGCAUGGGCGUCCUGCAUACUGGUGGACGAACGAGAUCGCAGAUCUAUGUAAGAAGUGCUUAAAGCUACGGCGUGUAGCACAACGUGCGAAGAGACGCGACCUCGACGCUGCUCCCUUGGCUGCAGAGUAUCAGGCGGCCAAAAAAGCUCUCAAGAGGGCCAUCAAGGCCAGUCAACGACGGUGCUGGAAGGAGCUGUGCCUGGAAGUCGAUCAAAAUCCGUGGGGAUUAGAGUAA